GCGUGCACCUCAGCAGGGCACUGGGACAUGAGCUGCAGCGGUGACCUGUUCGUUAUUAUCAGUGUUUUGUUUAAUUGUUUAAAUCGUAAUCACAGGGUGUAUAAUAUGUAUAAUUCUUACCUUUUCAGAAAAGAUAGGAAAAUUAAGAAAGGCUCUUGAUCUUUUAUAGCGUCUGUUUAAUGUAGUCAUUUGCCUGUUUUGCUUUGCUCUCAUUGACUGACAAGCCGUGGACUGCAGAUCAAAAUGCCUCGCGUGGUCAUUUUGCUUCAAAAGAUAACAUUGGGUUCCCAGCCCAGGUGCUUUAUGACGGCUUUAUGUGGUUUGAAAAGAAGCUCGUGUGAAACUCGGGCCAGCUGUUGGGGACUCAGGAGGUUUGCGAAAAGUUGUAAGCGUUUAGAAAAGGGAAAAAGUAACGCAUGUCAAACUUUUAAUUAUCAGGAACUUGUACAAGCAGAACUAAAAUAUUACAAAUCAAAGUCACAUAAGUAUCGGAAACUAGAAGAUUGGUUUAAAAAGAGGUUAGAAAUAAUCUGGGAUAAGUAUGCCUCCAGUAAUAACAAUAGUGUGAUGCACGUGGAUGGCACUGAGUACUUUGAAGAUGAUGGCUGUAUUUAUAGAAAGCUUAAGAAUGGUUCUCCUAAGGUUGUGCUGUGCCUGGAUCAGCUUCAGUUUCUUCAAACAAAAGAUGAUCAAUUUCAGCGUAUCAGAGUCUCGCCAGACCAGAGGUAUUUGGCUUCAAGCAUACGUACGUUAUCGGAAGAAUCCACUUGUGUUGUGGUAAAGCUUGAUCCAAAACCGGUGGUGGCACAUGUUUUGCCGCAAGCAUUUAGUUUUGAAUGGGCCACAGAUAACUGCCUGUUCUACACCAUUUUGGAGAAGCUUCGGUCCCAACAAGUUUUCAGGCUUCUGCUGGAAGACCUGAGAGCAGCGUCUGAAAUGGUUUACAAAGAGAGUGACACCAGAUUUUUUGUGGAGCUAACCUGCACCAAGGAUGGAAAAUUCAUCACCAUCAACAGUAACAGCAAGAAUAGUUCGGAGGUCUGGUUAAUUGAUCGAAUGCAUCCACUGGAGGAGCCCAAGGUUGUGCAAAGACGACUUCCUGAACUAAUUUAUCACGUGGAACACUGGAAAAACCAGUUAUGUAUUCUGACCAAUUUUGGUGCCUCGAAAGAAUAUAGACUGAUGAAAGCUCCAAUUUCUUCACCUGGAAUGCAGAACUGGAAGACUAUUUAUGCAGUCAAAGAGAAACACAGGCUAAUUGAUAUGGAGCUGUUCGAUGACCACUGCGUAAUGAUACUGAAGUGUUAUGGUUAUUUAUAUCUGCAUGUGUUUUCUCUCAAAGAAGCAGGAGCUGUUAAGUCCAUCCAGCUUCCAUCUUGGGCUUGUGCUAUUGAGUAUGAAGCUUGCAUAAAAAGCAAGGCAAAUGUAUUUUGCUUUCAGCUGUCUUCUCCAGUGCAGCCACCAGUGAGUCUUCAGUAUUCGAUGGAUGAAGAUGAACUCUAUAUUAAAGACGAUGAAGCUUGGCUGGAUAUUACCAAGGACUAUAAAGUGACUCGUUUAAAAGCACCAAGUAUGGAUGGUACCUUGGUACCUAUCUCAGUUUUUCAUAAAACAACAUUGAAUCAGAUGAAUGAAAACCCUUUGUUGGUCCAUGUCUAUGGAGCUUACGGCAUGGACUUGAAUGUUGACUUUAAACCAGAGCAGAUGAUGUUAUUGGAAGAUGGCUGGAUUUUGGCAUAUUGCCAUGUUAGGGGUGGUGGUGAGUUAGGUUUAAGCUGGCACAAAGCAGGUCGGUUGGAUAAGAAGCACAUUGGUGUCGAUGACUUGCGGGCUUGCUUGUGCUACUUGCACACAAUGGGAUAUUCAAACCCAAGGCGGACAGCUCUCAAAGCAAACAGUGCGGGUGGAGUCCUAGUAGGAAGCUUGUGCAAUGUAUCACCUGAUUUCAUCAGAGCUGUUGUUUUACGAGCUCCAUUCCUUGAUGUUCUUAGCACCAUGCUGGACCCUUCAUUACCACUCACCAAAGAAGAUCAAGAAGAGUGGGGAAACCCAUUGUCUGACCAAAGACUUUUCAAGUACAUUCAAGCUUAUUGUCCAUAUCAGAAUAUUAAGCAACAGAAUUAUCCCUCUGUAUUCAUCACAGCCUACCAAGGCGAUCAGCGUGUACCACUAUCAGGAUUGUUAAGAUAUACAACCAAACUUAGAAACGCUGUGGCUGCUAAUAAGUGUAAUACAACAGACAAAGAUGAAUCACUGAGUAUCAUUUUGGAUAUCCGACCUGGAGAUGAUCACUUCGGUCCAACUGACUGGGAACAAUCAUUGCAUGAAGUUGCCAGACAUUAUGCAUUUCUAUAUAAGGAGCUGGAACUUGAUCCGUAGGAAAAUUGUAAAUUAAUAUUUUCUAUGGAGCACCCUGUCAGAGAAGUAAACAAGACAUGAGUGAUUAUUUUAUCUGGAUUUUGAGGGUUUAUUUUUAUAUUGAUAUACUGUACUCUGUUUUUGAUGUAUUAGUAAUUGUUUGAUUUUAAAGUACUUCGAAUUGGUACUUGUUUAUGUAUGAGGCAAUUAUGUUUUUUUAUUUAACCUAAUUUUCAUUAUAUUUGUACCAUAGAUUAAUUUUCAUUUGCUUUAUCUGAGAUGUGAAGAUAAGUAAACCAUGAAGACAAUAUUGGUACUUUUUAUUCACUCCCAUUUACCAUUUCUUGUCUCUUUUCAUUCCAAGAUGACAGUUGUUACAUUUUCUUCAUGAAAAAAUGUUUAAAUACAUUUCUGUAAUAAUUUGAACAGCAUUGUGUAAAUAUUGCAUGAGCUCUGUGCUGCCGUCUUUGGCACUUUCUUUAUCAAUCUCACGUGUGAUGAAAGAUAACGUGCUUGCACAUUUAAUAAAACCCCCAAGCUAAAGUGCAAAGUCUAGCAGAUUGAGUAUUUAUUGGAGAAUUUUUAUUGGCCCUGUUCUUAAGAUUCCUUUAAAAGGACAAAUCAAUUUGAUCAGAUUAUGCACAACCAUUCAACCCUAAAAGAACUUACUUUCAGCCACCAGCCAGAAAAGCUAUUUUUAAAAUAAAAUGUGUUCAGGAUGGCAGCAGGUAGAAAGUGGGAUUCUGCUAGGAUCUUUGCUGGCACCACUGUUAUUCGCUUUUUAUUUAAUAGUCUAGAUUUAACAAGUUUUGAAUCCAAAUUUCCAGAUGUCACCAUAUUAGAAAGACUAAUCAAUUCCCAGAAUAGCUGCAACAAAUUACAAAGGCAUUUUUAUUUCAAGAAAUGCAAAAUAUUAUAGGUAAAUUUCAACACAUGAUACUCAGAUUUACAAUUUGUUUUGCAUUUUAGUUGGAAAAUUUAGAGGGAGAUUUAAAAAAUACAAGAAUGAUAACAGAAGUGCAAGAUUACAUAUCUUUCAGGAAAGGUUGAACAGGCUGGUUUUCUACUAAAGAAGAGAAUGAAAGUGCCCUGAUGGGGUUCUUUAUAAAUCAUGAAAAGCUUUUAAUUGGAGUGUGCAGAGUGCUUCCAUGUGGGGAGAAAUAAAACUAGAGGCUAGAAAUGGAAAAUAUUCCAAGAAAUCAAAUAGGGAAUUCUGAAGGAACUUUAAUCUCUGGAAUAGCAAGAAUGUCAAAUUUGUUACCACAGUACAAAUAGUGUGGCAACCUUUAAGGCAAGACAAUGAAAGCAUCUGAGGGAGUGUAUGGAAGGUAAUGUUAAUUGGAUUAAGUAAAAGGAAGGCUUGACUGGAUCAUGGUUGCCAGGAUGCACUGUAAAAGGGGCUGAAUGGCCAGUUCCCAUGCUGUAUAUUCUAAGUAAUUAUCACAUCACGCAACAACUAGGGUGGUAGCAAACAAACUAAAUGAAAUUGGAUCUUUUAUUAUUUUGUAUUCCCAUGUUCAUUUAAAGUGUAAUAUUGAACCCAUAUAUGUAUUUUGUAACUUCUGUCAUAGGAUAACUUCAUUAGUCACAUGUACAUUCGAAACAGUGAAAUAUAUCUUUGCAUAGAGUGUUCUGGGGGCAGCCCGCAAGUGUUGCCACGCUUCCGGCGCCAAUGUAGCAUGCCCACAACUUCCUAACCCGUACACCUUUGGAAUGUGGGAGGAAACCGGAGCACCCGGAGGUAACCCACUCAGACACAGGGAGAACGUACAAACUCCUUACAGACAGCAGCCAGAAUUGAACCCAGGUCGCUGACUCUGUAAUAGCGUUACACUAACCGCUACACUACUGUGCCUGCUCCUUGGAACACUUUUUUAAACAAAUAGUUAUCAAGUUAUUUGGAAGCAAAAAAAAGUUCAUAAGCAAAUUGAACUACUUCACAUCACAGGCAAAAACUUCAUGUGACCCCGAAAGGACCUUUUAGAUUUUAUAAUUGUUCAAAUUUGUUGUUUAGAAUAAGAUCUGGAAGGAUCUGUUAUAAAAGCUUGAUUGCUUGUUGAUGAAAUCAGAAGCAAGACUUAAUAGUUUAAAAAGUAACUGGUAACAAAAGCAUCUCAUGGGCAAUGCUAAGUAAAUUACAUUUCUGUCCACUUACAACAUUUUAAUAUCAGUAAUCACUGCAGAUUAUUAGUAUAUUGCAGGCCAAAAGGUAAUGCUCAGAGGAAGGCUGACAUUGCAGGUAAAACAAGAUAAGAUAUUCUCAUUUAUAUUUAUAUGAUGAUUAUCUCUGCACUAUAAACCAAGUCCUCUUAUAUUCAGCAAUUUAUGGAUAACAACUACAGCUUUGACUAAUAACUAACUGUGUGGGAUUUGGGAAGAAAGUGCAUUAAAUGACUAGCUGGCAGGCUACUGACAACUUUGGAGAUUAGGCAGCCCAUCUGUGUACACAGCCAAAAUUAUGAUGGGCAACCUAACUUGCA